GGUUUAGAAAAAAGUUAGUCCUGUCAUGUCAGAGACAUCGCAGCGAAAAUCAAUAUGAUAUUUUUCUUGUUAUUUUUUGCUUAUUCGUGAUAAAAAUUUGUUUUCAAGCUAGUGUUAAUAAUGAAUGUGACAAAAAAUAUUCCGUUAUGUAAACUAUUUAUUUUGACUAGUAUGCAUACGUCUGAGAUUGUCGUAUUUGAAUCAUCGUAAAACUAAUUAACGCCUAAUGGGUGCUACUUUUUGUUCGUGAUGUUCAUGUAAAUAAUGUGAAUAAUAAAGUACAUCAAAGUAAGAUUUUAACUGAUAUUAUGUACAGAAAUAUUCUAAAUUACGUAAUAAGCCGCGCAUAGUUUAGUGUAUAUAGAAAACGAUGAGGUUUCAUAGAAGGUGCGGCGACCGGGUCACACUAUUGAAUGAAAACUCUACAGCUGUUAGAAAUUUUGUAGAAUUUAACCAUGGCUUGAUAUUAAGCUCGGAACCUUUGAAGGAUGAUGUUAUAUUUGAAGUUACUGUUGACAGAAAGGUGAAUGUUUGGAAUGGAAGCCUGGAAAUAGGUGUAACAACAUUAGACCCUGAGUUUAUGGAAUUACCUGCUACGGCAACAAAACUCAGGAAUACAGCAUGGAUUAUGUCAGGCAGUUCUAUUGUCAAAGAUGGUGUCACUUUGGUCAAUUCAUAUGGACCGGAGUUGGACACUUUGCGGGAAGGCGACUGUAUUGGUGUUAUGAGAACUAGUAAGGGUGAAUUAACAUUUUAUCUCAAUGGUCGCUGCCUGGGAAUAGCUGCAAGAGAUCUUCCGUCAAGACUAUUUGCUGUAAUUGACUUGUACGGACAGUGUGUCCAAGUGUCUAUAUUGCGUUCGAAUGAGAUAAGACCAAUCAUGGAUAGCAGUAUUGAACAGAUUGAAGAGGAUCCAAACAAUGAUGGUACUCUUACAUCUAGUGACAUGGAUGUUGCCGGUCUUCCACCCGAGUCUAGCCAAUACCCGAAAGAACCUCGUAAUGUUUACAUUCCAAUGCCUUCCGAAGGUGCAUGUGCUCUUGUACCACAUGACCGAUUGCGGUUUCAUCCGAGAUGCGGAAUCUUAGUGAAACUGUCAAGUAAUAACAAGACUGCGGAACGAGCUCGUCCACUCGACGACUACAACAAUGGUGUAGUGAUGACACAUCGUCCACUCUAUGACAACGAACUGUUUGAAAUACGAAUAGAUAGGCUCGUUGACAAAUGGAGUGGAAGUAUUGAGGUUGGUGUGACAACACACAACCCUGCUACAAUACGUUUCCCGUCCACUAUGACUAACAUGGACACUGGAACAAUAAUGAUGUCAGGAUGCAAGGUGCUUCUCAACGGCCAUGGUACUUGCAUGGAGUAUGGCAACUUCAACCUUGACGAACUGAGAGAAGGUGACACUGUUGGUAUGAUGAGGAAGAGCAAUGGUAAAUUGCAUUAUUUUAUCAACGGUAUCGACCAAGGUGUUGCCACUGAUAAAGUAGACCAACAAGUUUGGGGGGUGGUGGAUCUAUAUGGAAUGACUGUCAAAGUAUCCAUUGUGGAUCCUUGCGAAGAUUUGGAUAGUAACAUCAAUAAUCCACCUCUCAUGCUCGCUUCGCCUGAAAUCCCUGCACCCAGCAGGUUUAGACCAAGAAUAGACGAAGAGAGCCUUUUAUUUCAUACGCUGCGUGAUUCGAAUGUUAUUAUUAUUAACGAUGGUAAGACUGCUCAUAGGCCUAAUGCUUUCAAGUACUUCAACAACGGAAUCGUAAUGACGAACCGUACCUUAAAAACCAACGAACUGUUCCAAGUACGUCUCGACCUUGUCAUCCCGAAGUGGGCUGGAAGCAUUGAAAUUGGAGUCACGCAGCAUUCUUCUAAUGAUAUAAAAUUUCCAUUCAAAAUGAGCAAUGCCAAAUCCGGCACGUGGGCUGUGACCGGAGAAGACGUAAUUCGAGACGGUACAAUUGUUAUUCCACAAUACGUAAGAAACCUCAAUAAACUUGUGGAAGGAGACACUGUAGGAGUUAUGCGUAAGGAGUUGGGCAUCCUACAUUUUUUUGUCAAUGGUGUGGACCAGGGACCGGCUGCGUUCAAUGUCCCUGAACACGUAUUUGGCAUAGUAGAUUUGUACGGCCGCGCAGCGCAAGCGACAAUAGUGGACGAAUACACCCCACCGCCAAUAUAUUCCCCCGAAUCACCAUUGUCUUCCGAAUCUAAUGCUACAAUAUUUCCUGAGAUGUGCUUCCAUCGCGUGCACGGACGCAACGCGCGUCUGAGUCGCAACCGCUUAACGGCUUGGCGCGCCACCGUCUAUUCCGAGUUCAAUGACGCUGUGUUGUUUAGCUCACGACCUCUCCGCGAAUGCGACAUGUUUGAACUUCGUAUUGAUAAAAUGGUUGACUGCUGGAUUGGAAGCCUUGAAAUUGGUGUGACGGCAAUACGUCCUGAUGAUUUGGAAGCUAGUGGUGGCGUAGGUGCAAUUGCAGGAACAGCUACCGACCUGAACUGGGAUACAUAUAUCCUCAGUGGAGCGGCUAUGAUGAAGGAUGGGGAGUGCGUGCGAAGUGGAUACCCCCUAGACUUGGAUACUCUCACUGUGGGAAGCCGUGUUGGUAUGAUGUGGCAUGCUGAUCGGAGUCUGCAUUACUAUCUGGACGGUAUGGAUAUGGGCAAGGCUUGGUACGUGCCCCAUCUCAACAUUUACGCUGUCGUCGACUUGUAUGGGCAAUGCACGCAGGUGACAAUAUUGCAAAAUGAAGAACGAGCGUUUAAUUACAAUGGUUGUACUAAUUCGGACAACUCUAUGUUGAGUAACUCGAGGGCUUUGUCAUCGCCGCCACCACCGUAUUGGAGUUUCUCCGAAUAUGCUGGCGACAAUAUUUGCCUGAUGCACGACUAUACAGUCGCUCGGCGACUGACGUCUGAUCCCAUGGCAGCGCUGGUUUUCAGCUCUGCACACCUUGCUUUGGGGGAAUUAUUCGAGGUGAAGAUACUGGAGUGUAAGCACUCAUAUGCUGGUAGCUUCCGUAUUGGGAUCACAGAUAUCAACAUCUUGAAUGCUCAUGUAAACUGCAGUCUGCCCCCUAGCGUCGCCUGCCUGCCUCACUUCACCGCGUAUAUCGACGGGCGCUACAUGAAAUACUCGUACCCGGGUACACGAAAACAAGACAUAUACUCGUUUGUCCCGUCGUUCGAGUGGCUGCGUCCCGGCGAUAGAAUUGGUCUGAAGAAAAUCAACGACUCGCGCGUUAUCGUCUACUACAAUUCUGAACCGCUCGACACUUACUUCGAGAGAGUUCCCGACAAAGUGUACGUGGUGAUUGAAUUGUACGGACACGUCACCAAGAUACAAGCCGUCUCCCAGGGGGCUCUCGGGGCUGGACUGAAUCAAACAACGAUUCCUAACGACGGUGAGGACUUCUCGAAGCAAAUAGCGACGCCAUUGAAUUUAGGCCAAUUAAGCAGUGACAACACAGAUGAAGUUUUUGAUAUUCAUGGGUCCUUAGCGGGUGCCGCGUGCCCAUUAGCGGAUGUUCGGCAACGAACUUCUGAUCGCACAUUUGACUCGGCCGAUGAUCCCGGUGAAGACACAACCAGUGAGGACAGCGUUGGUGAGGAUCUGUUAGCCACGGAAGACGAAGCAUCUGCCGCUGAAGACGAUACAAUGGGUCGCAAGAGCAAGGCUCCCAUACUGAAGGGCAAGUACGCCAAGCUGGCUGCACAGGCUGCUCAAGCUGCCGCUGAAGCGCAAGCUGCUGCUCGGGCUGAGGCUAGGGCUACCGCCCAAGCCCAAGGCAAGGGCAAAGGAAAAGGGAAGCGCGGCAAGGCUUCCUCUCCUCCAAAGGAGGCGCCAGCUACAACAGCCUCUGCUGAGCCGUCGACUCCCGGUGCGGCUGCAGAAGUGGGCGCUGGUGUGCCUGCAACAUCUGGCUCUGGCUCUGGAUCGGGUUCGGGUGCUGAAGCCGAGGAAGGAGGCGCUCAAGACGAUGAGCCACCCGCUGGCCCGUCUACUGAACCACCGUUAGAUCUCUCAGAACCAUUGUGCGAUCCCCCUGCCGAGCCAGCCCCUGAGGCCGAGCCCGAGCCGAGUCCAAGUCGCAACAACCUGCCCUACACGUUCUUCAAUAUUCACGGCGUCAACAUUAAACUAUGCAGUUCAGAUACUGUGGCGAUGCGUUUCCAGGGAUAUCAAGAAGGUCUGGCGGUAGUUAGUCAGCCACUUCGCCGCGGACAUAAUUUUAGGUUCCGUGUGGACAAAAUGUGCGAUGAUUGGGUGGGCACGAUAUCCAUUGGGGCAGUGGGCGCGCUCCCGGCCGAACCUAUCAGGAACGGUAUCCCGACGGAGACACCCUGCUGGAUGCUGUCCAGCGAUAUGCUCAAUGACAACGGGACAUUCUAUCACUCAAUGAUGGGGACGGUGUUGGAAGAACUGACGGAGCAGUCGGUCCUCACUCUACACUUCCGCUUCACCAGUGAGCUGGUACUCCAGGUCAAUGGAAAGAUAAUUGGCUGCAUCGCCACCAUUCCACGCCGGUUCAGCCAGGUGUAUCCAGCUGUUGACUUGUACGGCAUGAUUUGUCAGGUGUCAGUGUUACUGCAUCCUUACGUUAUUACAAGCGGAGCAUCAUUGGACUUACCAGUCAUCAGCGAAUUUAGAGAAGAGACAUUUGAUGGACUCUCAGAUGACGAUGCUGAAGCGGUAAGCGAAGGACAAACGGAAAGGAAACGUAAAAAGAAAGCUUACAGUCAAGACAAUCUGGUUGAUGAUGAAGAUGUUCAUUGGGAGCCUACAUACUUACCCGCCGGACCCAGCCAUGGGCUGAGCCUCACGCCCUAUCGUGUGCCAACUCCACUUCCUUAUCGUACACCGAGCCCAUUUCCGAAAACAGGAACAAAACCAUUAGAGAGCCCUGACCCAAUCCCUGUAGUUGUUAUUAAGAAAAAGUAUAAAAAGAGCAAGAACAAGGAUGCUAGAGUUCGGGCUGUUCUAGCUGAGGCCCCAAUGUACACCAGUCUUAAUUUGCCGUUGUAUCCAGUCGCUGAUAAUAACGAGAUGGUGAAUCGCUGCAUUAAAAAGAGCCACUCGACGCACAACUUUUCCAUAUCGAGUGACGAACAGGAGUCAGGCAGCUCGCUCCGUCAGACUAGCAGUGUGGGCUCACGGGCGGACGAUGAUCGGCAAUUGCGUCGCGAGGAGCCAUACAGGCCGCCUGUCGCAACAUUCUUAGAUACCAACAUACGUCAUAAUGAUCGCUACCCUGAAGUAAGUGAUGUCGAUAAUCUGGACAAUGAGAUAGUGGACGCCCUUACCAUGGAGACUGGAAACUUGCCCGAUCUGACUGAAGAACAGUCUUCGUCUAUUGAUGAUUCCACGCGACGGGAUGAUUUUUGGUCUGAGACGUUGUCUGCGGAGUAUUUACACUAUCUCAACCGCAUCUUGUGCUUGGAUCAAGAUGGGGCCGCUUGUCAAAGCUUGGAGUCUGAGUGGGAAGCUUCUGGGGAAGGUUGCGAGCACCUGCACCUUGUUCUGAAGUAUUGGAACUAUCUCGUCCUGCCGUACCCGGAACUGCGGCAAGCUGUGUCCUGGGGACAGGUGCGCUGCUACUGUGCCAACUGCCAGCCUGACGCUGCAACACCAUUCGCUGGCUGGGUCCGUAUCGAGCGUAUUGACGGGGUUGGCGCAGCUCAGCGUGGGUUUUGGCACGUGGUGCGGUCUACACUGGGCGCUGCGCAAGUUGUUGGUGGGGAGCGCGGCCCCGUGCGUCGUCCCAGGGGUCUCAGCUCUGCUCCGUGCUCCUCACUGCCAUUCGCUGACAUAUGGUUCGACGACGAGGGCAAGCCGCAUCAUACUGUGCUGGCUAUAGAGAUUGAUAUCGAGGGUUCGGACGAAGAGAACGAUCGUUUACUGGCGUUCUUGAUCUACUUGAAGCCGCACUCGUCCUUUACUGAAGAUAACUCACCGAGCCUGGACGACUAAGCGUCUCUGUAUGUUUUACUCAACUCCUAAUCCUCUAUACUCUUCGAUAGCACCGUGAACAUACUGAUAAGAAGGUAAACAUAUUCUAUCAUGUCCGAGAUACAGGUGUACUCAGCACGGUGCGAAUUUUUCGAAUUGUUCUUUAUGUUAGACAUUAAGGGACACAAGACGGUUGUCAUUUAAGUAUUAUUAAUAGUAUUUAAUUAUAGACCCGUGCCGUUAGGAAGGCAUUUUCGUUACAGUGUUUUUUGAUCCUCAGGUCGAGUGUUUGGGGUACUAACUACUAAAAGUAGUCGUGGUAGAGUGGUCAUUUUAACGUCAGUGAGACGUUGAUUAAUACUCAGCUCUUUUAUAAAUAAUAAGAAAAAAAUUGUCCCAUUAAAAAAAACCAUAAUACAUAUUGGAAGUAUAUUUAUUUCUUAAUUUUUAUGACGCGACGUUUACAGGAAACCAUGACCCAAGUAAAAGGAAUGUGUGAAUGACGGACCGUUGUGUGUGGCGCGGAUCAGCUUUUCGACUUACAAGUAUUAUGGCCUGUUUCGCAUACCCUUUUUUUUGUCAGGGGAAUAUCAUUAAAUGCCUCCCGCCCAGGGUAAGGCAGACGGGGGGCAAAAUGGGGCAGACGCUUACUGACUAACGCCCGGUUCCUAUAAUUGA